AUGGAGCACAUACUACGAUGCAAUGCUCUCAAGUGCAGGAAGCAGCUUGGCGACAAAGCAGUCGUCACUACAUGCAGGCAGGUCUCCGACAAUGACCAGCAAGGUUUUCACAUCUUCUGUCCCGACUGUGCUGCGCGCCUCGGUCUCGCCGGCGGGCGCCAGGACCAUCGCCCUUCAUGCCCAGCAUGCUCCUCGCCCCUAACCCAUCCUGAUGAUGCUGUGGUUACCCUGCUCAACCCAAGUGAGGACUACAAGACGAGUGUGCUGAGCGGCCUCACGCCACAUACCAUCAUCGAGACUGCGAGUAGAGGGUUGAGCUUCUGGGCGUACCAGACAACACAGGAGGUUGUGUAUCAGGAACAUCUGAGCAAAAAGCUCACCGAAAAAUAUACUGAUCUUAACCACCACCUCGAGAGGAUUAUCAACGAAGCAAACUCACAGAUCGCCAAUCUGCAAGGCAAGAUACACGGCAUCGCCAUGGACCACGAAGUCCUACAAAAGAAGAACGAGGAGAUUGCACAGGCUUACAAGGACAAGACACGGAAACUCUUGCAGAUACAGGAGCUCUACGACAAGCUCAAACAGAAAACCAUGCUCGGUCAAGUGCAAGGCGCCGCCGAAGACGCAGCUGAUUCAACAAUUCAUGGAACACACAGCGCCUCUUUCGAUAUGUCAACACUGGCACCAAGCCAUCUGUACGAGCACGCUCCGCAGGAGAUCAUCAGGCAAUCAGCCUGGCAACCGCAUAUGAUGCCACCACCUCCGCCGCCCGCCCACUCACGUAGAAUUCCGGCGCCAUCGCAGACCGGCCAUUGUAAGAAUGAACUCGUGAUGAUUGCAAAUUGA